AACAGCAGCUUGUUUUGAUUUCUCUCUCUCUGUCUGCCUAACAGGAUGCUGUUACUACUUUUACAGCUAGGGUAACUGAGCUCUGUUUCCUGACUUUCUUUUUUCACCAAGAUCAUUUGUGUGUGUGUGUGUGUGUGUGUUACGGAGAGAGAGUGAGAGACAGUUCAUGGAAUGCUGUGAUGUCAUCAGCUCAGUCAUACACAAAGGCAAGGAGGAGGACACACAAGCACACUCGCUCGAAUAGUUACUCUGCUGUGGAGCAUCUGCACCCCCACUAGUCUCCCAGUGACGGCUGCCUGACGAGGGCUGACGACGACUGACGUGUGUGUGUCGAGGGAGGAGGAAGUGUCGGCUCAGAGGACGACAGAGGAAGCAGUCUUUAGCUUGUGUGUGUGUUUGUGACAGACGAGGCCCGAUCUUCUUCUUCUCCUCAUGAGGCUCGUUUAGAAACCAACUCAUCUUCAGGAAACUGUUGGCUUAAGGAGUCAGAACAGUACCCCUCCACUUCCAGCCCACCACCGCCGCCACCAUGCUGCAGCAGAUCUUAAAGGACAUGUACAUUGACCCAGAUGUGUUGGAGGCCCUAAAUGAGGACCAGAAGAAGACCCUGUUCCUGAAGAUGAGAGAGGAGCAGGUGCGGCGCUGGACAGAACGUGAGGAGAAAGAAGCGGACCACAGGCCAAAGUCAAAGACAGCCAACAGUAAGAAAGUGAGCUGGUUGCUGGGCAGGGACGGAGAUGUGGCGGUCAUGACGAUUGGAGAGGUGGACGAGCUGAAGACCUCCAAACUCAUCUGCACUGGGCCUGCGGAAAGAAGAGCACCACCAAGCCUGCAAAAUAACACACUCCACCAGACAACCUCCCUGAAGAGCAACCUGGUAAACAGACCAGCCUCAGAUCCUGUCAGAACUCGGAGAGAGGAUCUGCCUCCCAAAACACAGUCAGGGAUACAACUCAAUUUAAAGGAGAACAGUGAGGAAGUGAGGACAUUGCCCCCUCUACAGGUAUGUUUGUGUACUGCACGUUACUGUCUGUGUCGUGACUCUCUCUGUAAUGCCUGUGUUUGUGUGUUCAACCCACAGGUGGCAGUGAGUGAGCAGCAGCCACCUGCAGCAGUGGAAAAACAGGCUGAGUUGGAGCAGGAUGUAGAAGUAGAUGGUCCACAGGAAAAUCCAGUCCUCCUGGCCUACAGACCUCACCCCAGAGCUGGCCCUUCCAACCUGAGGCUGGGUACCACACUGUCCUCUAUCCCCAAGACCAUCACACCGUCCUCUGUACCAAGCUCCACUCCAUCCCCUGUCCCCACUGUCACACCGCCUCAUGUCCCCACUGUCACACCGUCUCAUGUCCCCAAGACCAUAACCCCUGUCCCUACCAUCACACCGUUUUCUGUCCCCAAAACCAUCACACCGUCUGCUUUCCAUAGCAUCAUAACACCAUCCACUGUAACCAACAGUGUCAUACCGUCUCCUGUCCCCAGCAGCAGUGUCAUACCGUCUCCUGUCCCCAGCAGCAGUGUCAUACUGCCUCCUGUCCCCAGCAGUAAUGCCAUCAGAGAUGCUCUAGAAAAGAGCACUGCCAAAUCACACACUUCAGAGAAGACCGUCACACUGUCCCCUGUCCCUAGUCCCAUCACACUGUCCCUUGUCCCUAGCCCCAUCACACUGUCCUCUGUCCCAAGCAGUGUCAAAACAUCCCCUGUCCCCAGUGUCAAAACGUCCCCUGUCCCCAGUGUCUCACGCUCCCCUGUCCCCAGUGUCUCACCCUCCCCUGUCCCCAGUGUCUCACCCUCCCCUGUCCCCAGUGUCUCACCCUCCCCUGUCCCCAGUGUCUCACCCUCCCCUGUCCCCAGUGUCUCACCCUCCCCUGUCCCCAGUGUCUCACCCUCCCCUGUCCCCAGUACCACUCGGUCCCCUGUCCCCAGUACCACUCGGUCCCCUGUCCCCAGUACCACUCGGUCCCCUGUCCCCAGUACCACUCGGUCCCCUGUCCCUAGCAUCUAUACACCGUCCCCUUUCCACAGGACCAUCACUCCAUCCCCUGUGGCUAGCAGCACGGCCAUAAGAGAAGCUCUGAAGAAGAGCACCGCCAAAACACAUGCUGCAGAGAAGACCACCGUCACACCGCUGUCCGUUUCAACCAGACUCCACCCCCAGGAGACGCCCAGCAGCAGAGAUAUCUGUGUGAUGGCAGCCUCUCGCAGGACCAUGUCUGAGGAUGUGGUGUCUGAUGGGGGCGGGGACACCUGUACAGGGCGUGGCCGGGUGGCUCAGCUCAUGAAGACCUUCAGUGUGACAUGCCCCACCCCCUCCACACAGACCCCUCGCCCCCACGGCAACAAACCCUCCAUCCCCACCAAACCCAGCCACCUGCGUCUCGUUGCCAGCCCCUCACUCAGGUAAUCCACAGGACAGGACCAGACCACCAGGCCCACCCCCUGUCCCUCAUUCCAUCCCCACCCAGGCCCCACUGGACAUUGCUGGACAUCCUGGGGCAGCCUGGGGCCUCAGCCACUGGGGACAGGCAUGCAGGCCACAAGAGUCUCUCAGGAACACAACCAAACCUUUGACUCGAUUGCUUAUACUCCAAAAGCAAUGCAAUGGUAUAGAGAUUUUAAAAUGUUUACUUUUGUUUACUUUUUAAAAAUGUUUACCAUGUUUUAUUUUAAAUUGUACAGUACUGUAAAUUCUCUCUGUGGGAAAGAUGAACCAAUAGCGUUGAUUGUAAACAGCAUCUUCCUUUGUAUCCUGCUUUUGCCUUUUUAUAUUCACAAAGUUAUUGGGUGGUUAGAGGCCUUUUGAGUAGUGUAACUACAUUUUAGAAUUUUAUUUCACCUCAUUUUAACAUUCGGUCAAUGUUCAACUUAAUAAAAAACAUGUUUUCCCAUCUCAAGAGGUAAAAUAAAAUGACUAUAGUAAGGCCUAUUAAUUAAGUGCUAAAUAAAGUAACAGUGUUGACGACUUCAUGUUAGAUCAGCCAUAACUCCCCUUGUGACAGAGGGAAUGGAAGCUUGUUGUGUGCAACAGAGACGGGCAAUUGAAUGCAAGAUUCACAAUUAUAUUUUUUUGUUAACGUCCAAUGCUGCUGUUUUUAAUCUCAAUAUCAAAUCAUUUCUGGGUAACAGUGAAGUACCUUAAUGUGAUAGUUUUCAAUUAAAAUGGUCAACAAGAAAACAAAAAUAGCUUCUUAGCAAAGAACAAUUUCUCAAGCAAGAAUUUUGCUAGGACUGUCUGGGAGUGGUCUGAGUAGGCUGGGGAAAAUGUAAAACAAGCUGUUAUUGGCAGAGAGGUUUGGAACUCUCUUUCUUAUUGGUCUAUUAACAAAUUUACCGCCUGGUGAUGUCACCAGGCAGACCAGAACGCCAUUCCACCAAAACAACCCCUUUUUCUUCAAACAGUUCUUACACUAAAAUGGCAUUAUCAUCUUUUUCACAGUUUCACAGUAUUAUUCCAACCUCAAAGUGUGGAAAUAUAAAUAAAAUCACAUUUUGGACUGCACCGGGCCUCUAAAAUAUUUAUAGCCUGUCUGUCUAUAGGUAACAGGGUUGACGUGUUAUGCUCGACCUGCUCAGUUCUCCACCACAAAACACCAGAAAAUGGCCAAUGACUAUUAGAUGUUCAAUAUUUCUUUAAAAAAACAUAUUUUAAAAUGAAUAGUUUUAGCAUAUUAAAAUGAGAUUUCAGUUCAUGUAACAGACUUGACCUUAAAAUGGACAGGUUUUUUUAAACCUUUAAAAUGAAUAACUAAUCACAUGAAAUAAGUAAUAAUCUUUAGAAAUUACUUUAUCAAAGCAACAAAAUAACUAGGGCUUUACAAUGAAGGUGAAAAUGUGGAUACAUCUUGGGGUUAAGUGGGUUAAAGUCUAGAAGUUACAAUCAAUCAAAGCAAGCAAUGCAGGUGUAGAAGCACAGUGGUCAGAGGGUGCACAGAGAGACAUGUCAAAAUGCAGAAUUUUGGCAAUUUAGCAAGUCUUUAUUCAUAUUGGAUUUAUUGAAUUUUCCAUGUGGUCUAUAUUAAAAGGCACUUAAUUUAAUAUAACCGGCUUUUAAAGUUAACUAUUUGUGCACAAUUCCUUCUUAAAAUAUCCCUCAUUUCAUGGAACAACCCUAUCAUUGACCAUAUCAUACCAUGUAUUCACCUGUUGAUAUUGUUUCUGAAAUAUUAUCAUGUACAAAUCCUACUUCAUUGAUACACUUAUCAUACAAUACAUUCACAAAGCCUGUACAAUGCUUUCAAGGUCAUAACCUGUACAUGUGAUCCCCAAAAUGUAUGACAAAUGUAAACUUGAAUGACAUAGUACAUGCAGUAAUAUUUGUUUCGUCAUUAUGAGGUGUUGGCUACUAUAUAGAGAGAAACUGUGCUAAUGUUGACAGGGCCAAAUAGUUCAUACAUAGCUGUCAUGACCAAGGAGAUGGGUGGAUUAGAAUAUGGAUCAGUGAGGUGGUUCCUCCUUGAUCCCUGGGAACAGCACCCUCCGCUUAUUUACUG